CCACAGCGGGUAGGAGAACCGCUUCUUAAAUACAAUCGGGAUUAAAGAGAGGCAGAAGGAGGGAAGAAAAACCUUUACUUUUCAGUUUAUUUGGACAGCUGUUUUUAUGGUCAUACGGGAGCUGAAGGACGAGAGUUACCACAUACUUGUGAUGCAGCUACGGCACUCCUCCCAAGUCCCACCACCUUGGUUGCCAAGCCGCUAGGACCGACACCAUGGGUGUAUCGCAGCUGGUGACCUGCUGUCUUUCCGUCCCAUGCUGCCUGCUCAUUAUCAGGUGCAAUUCCAUGGCCUCACAGAGUUCAGAACGCCUUCUCGAAAGUGAACUUCAGUGUGACCGGAAGGACCAUCCAGUUGUGAAUUUUAACGAUUUGAGGCCCUGGGUGUUGAAUUUUAGCUUUCCAGGAGUGUAUGACUACUCUCAGUUGGCAAUCGACCUCAGCAGAAAGCAGCUGGUCAUUGGAGCCAGAAACUACCUCUUUCGCCUCACUCUGGAUAAUAUCUCUCUUAUACAGGCAAUAGAAUGGGGACCAGAAGAAGACACUAGGAUAGCUUGUCAGAGCAAAGGAAAGACUGAGAUCGAGUGUCAGAAUUAUAUUCGUGUGCUGCUCAUUAACGGGAAGAACAUAUUUGCGUGUGGAACAAAUGCGUUUUCUCCGACCUGCACGUCCCGACAGCUCGGGGACCUGGGCCAAGUGCUGGACAGGAUGAAUGGUGUGGCAAGAUGUCCUUACGAUCCUCGACACAAUUCCACUGCCGUGAUCACGUCCCGGGGAGAGCUGUACGCGGCCACUGUGAUCGACUUCUCAGGUCGCGACCCCGCCAUCUACCGAAGCCUGGGAAAUAGACCUCCUCUCCGAACUGCGCAGUACAACUCCAAGUGGCUUAACGAACCAAACUUCAUCUCAGCAUAUGACAUUGGCCUCUUCAUCUACUUCUUCUUCCGUGAGAACGCUGUGGAGCAUGACUGUGGGAAGACUGUCUAUUCCCGCGUUGGGCGUGUCUGCAAGAGCGACAUUGGGGGGCGGUUUCUGCUGGAGGACACGUGGACAACCUUCAUGAAGGCCCGGCUCAACUGCUCGCGAUCGGGGGAGAUCCCAUUUUACUACAACGAGUUGCAGAGCACAUUCUAUCUUCCCGAGCAGGACCUCAUCUAUGGAGUCUUUACAACAAAUGUGAACAGCAUUGCAGCCUCUGCAGUUUGUGCAUAUAACCUCAGCGCCAUCGCUCAGACUUUCAACGGACCGUUCCGCUACCAGGAGAACCCUCGAUCCGCCUGGUUGCCGGCCACAAACCCCAUUCCCAACUUCCAGUGUGGUUCCCUCCAAGACCAUGGACCCAAUGCGAACCUGACAGAGCGUAGCCUCCAGGAUGCUCAGCGCUUCUUCCUCAUGAACGAUGUGGUGCAGCCUGUCACCGUUGACCCCCUUGUGACUCAUGACAACAUGCGUUUCUCCAAGAUCGUUGUGGACAUCGUGCAAGGCCGGGACACGCUCUACCAUGUGAUGUACAUUGGCACAGAGCACGGAACUAUUCUGAAAACUCUGUCAUCGGACAGCAAGGGUUUGCGAGGCUGCUACUUGGAAGAGCUGCAGCUGCUGGCAGCCAGCAAACAGGAGCCCAUCCGAAGCCUGCAGAUCCUUCACAGUGACCGCUCUCUGUUUGUGGGCUUGAACGGCAAAGUACUGAAGAUCCCACUGGAGCGAUGCUUCUCCUACAAAACCGAAACAAAUUGUCUGGGAGUGAGGGAUCCUUACUGUGGCUGGGACCUGAGACAGAAGCGAUGUACCACCAUUGAAGACAGUUCCAACAUGAGCCUGUGGAGGCAGAACAUCACAGAAUGUCCGGUGAGAAACCUCACUCUGGACGGUGAAUUCGGGCCAUGGUCUCCGUGGCAACUGUGUGAGCAUGCAGACAAAGAGGCCACGGGAUCGUGCAUGUGCCGCUCCAGAUCAUGUGACAGCCCUGCCCCGCGGUGCGGAGGUCAUGAGUGUGUCGGAGCCCGGAUCGAGGUGGCUAAUUGCUCGAGGAAUGGAGGUUGGACGGUCUGGGCUUCCUGGGCUCCAUGCAGUACGACCUGUGGCAUUGGGUUUCAGGUUCGGCAGCGAUCCUGCAGUAAUCCCACUCCUCGCUAUGGAGGAAGAGUGUGCGUCGGCCAGAGCAGGGAGGAGAGAUUUUGCAACGAGAAUGCAGCUUGCCCGCUGCCCAUGUUGUGGUCAAGCUGGGGCCCGUGGACUAGAUGCAGCGCUGAUUGUGGUGGAGGCAUGCACUCGAGACGGCGAAGCUGUGAAAACGGCAACAACUGCCCAGGCUGUAACGUGGAGCACAGGGCGUGUAAUGUGGACUCCUGCCCAGAGGUACGCAGAAACACACCAUGGACACCCUGGAUGCCAGUCAACAUCAGUCAGAACGGAGCCCGGCAUGAACAGCGGUUCCGCUACACCUGCCGGGCACCGCUGGCAGAUCCACACGAUCUACAACUCGGCAAGAAAAGGGUGGAUAGCCGCUUCUGUCCUGCGGAUGGCACCUCUGCCUGCACCACUGACACCCUCGUCGAUGACCUUUUGAAGUUCGGCCGGCAGUCCUUCCAUAGGAUCGACGGUGGCUGGUCCCCCUGGUUGCCGUGGUCACCCUGUUCCCGUGAGUGUGAAACAGGUUUUCGGACCAGGAGGCGGAGCUGCACCAAUCCUGAGCCCAGAAACGGAGGCCUACCCUGCACAGGAGCUGACAUUCAGUAUGAGGACUGCAAUCAGCUGCCUUGCCCAGUUAAGGGAGCGUGGUCCUGUUGGUCUCCCUGGUCCCCAUGCUCAGCGACUUGCGGAGGUGGACAUUACCAACGUACACGGACAUGCACCAACCCAGUGCCGGCUAAUGGUGGGGAUAUCUGCAUUGGACUGCACACUGAGGAGGCACUGUGCAACACUCAGGCCUGUGAAGGUGGCUGGUCGGUGUGGAGUGAGUGGAGCCUCUGCACUGAGGAAGACACACAGUUCCGCACUCGCCGAUGUGAGACUCUGAGUCUCGGUGCAAUGCAAUGUGUGGGGAACAGCACCCAGUUUCGGCCGUGUCUCUAUAAUGAAAUUCCAGUGAUCCAGUCGGCCAUUGGGAGUGACAGCAGCUGUGGAGCCUUUAGUGUGUACCAUCUGAUUGCCACUGGAGUCUCCUGCUUCCUGGGUGCCACCCUCAUCACCCUUCUGAUCUACGCGUACUGCCAGCGAUGCCACAGACAAUCUCAGGAGUCCACUGUCAUUCAUCCGACCACUCCCAACCACCUGAAUUACAAAGGCAGCAGUCAGGGUAACAAGAACGAACUCUACAAUCCAAUGGAAAUCAAGACGCUGAACAAAAACAAUUUGAUUCCUGAUGACCGAAGCAACUAUUUCUCCUCUCUGCAGCAGACCAAUGUGUACACCACGACGUAUUAUCCCAGCACCCUGAAUAAAUAUGACUAUCGACCUGAAUCCUCAUCUGGAAGAACCUAUACCUAAGACGUUCCAAGUGGACUUUUCCUGGAAAGAAACCACAAAAGGACUCUGCUCACCCAGCUCCCCUGGCACGCCGCAAGUGAACCUGUAACCAUAGCAACCACCCAUAAUCGAGUCAUAACCAGUCCAAAUUUCGUGCAGUCAGUCCUUCAUUAAAAAACUUGCACCCUUCAAGGUCCACAGGUCAGCCAUCGAGACUUCUUUACGACUUAAAAGAAACAUUGUCUGCUACGGAUUUUGUGUGUUUUUUCUUCGUUCAUGGAACCCCCCCCCCCCAACGAUGAGAGAGACUUCUUUUUUUUGCGGGGAGGGGGAAUAAAGAAAGACGUUGGCGGAGACAAGAUGGCCUCCGCAGUGGCCGAACAAGACAGUUAACUGCCACACAGCAACGUGUCACCUCUUGUGAAACUAGAUCGGCCGAGGAUUUCUUCACAUUGGUACUACAGGUGGCUCUGAAAAUGUGACCAUAGCAUCUAGGUACAGAAAUACUCCUGCGCUACUGAGGAAUCGUUAUUUUUUAUUGUCAUUUGAAAGUUUAUGACUUUCUUCUGUAUUCCCCACUUCCCCUCCCCUUUCAGUAUUAAUUUUCAGAUGUGGAACCUAACAUUGGCGAAAUGUAGCUGUAUUUACAGAAACCAUCUGUUUGAUUUGAUAGCUCCAUUACCCUAUUUUUUGCUACACCCAAACCUCCUCCCACCCUAUUUCACUUGCCAACAGUUCAAAAAAGAAACCAUUGAAAUGUUCUUUAUUUUUUUAAACUGAUUUUUUAUUGUGCUCCUUGCCUGGCUUUCAGGAUUGUUUCAUUGUUUCUUCUAUUUUUGUCCUCACUUGCAUUCCCAUGAUUGGCAUUUUGACACUUUUAACCGAUUGGUGAAAUUUUAAUAGUGAAUAAUCCGCAGAUGGUGAACAGAGGGGUGAACAAUGGUCCUAUUCAUGGUUAAAGGGCACCAGGUAAAUUUAAGUGCACAAUCCAGCAAAAUAAUUUGAGGGCUGCCCUCCGGUAAUUCAGUUCUGUUCAUUUAAUGCACCCUGGUUUGGAUAUGCUUCACAUUUUUAUAAUCAGCAGGUUUAAGAUGCUAUUUCACCACAAUUUCAUCUGCUUCAUUGGAAUCUGUAGCUCAAAGGAAUUAUUCUAACGUGCAAAAGUGAUGGAGAAAUACAAAGAAGAAUCAUUGGUUGUACUGGCGGAGAAUUCUACAAAUGUAGCUAAAUGUGAGAUUGCCCUGGUAAUCCUUCCUAUAUUCUCUUCAGCUUCUUAACUAUCCCAUAUCUGAUCCUUUAGAAAGAGAGGGCUAGGGUGUUCCAAGGUGUUGGCUAUAUUUAGAGUACGGAUUUACCAUGGAUUCUUUGAAAUGAUAAGGCCCAGGUACGUUGCUUGCACUGUGAGCUGAAACUUGCCCUCACCCUCCAUGGUAGUGGCUCAGAAAACUCAAAAACUUUCCCUUUCCUCCCACACCACUCUUCUCCUGACGAGCUCAGCCUAAUAAAACGUUCUGUUGAACGUUUACCGAAGGACAUUUCAGGAGCUGGACAGUGUCCUGAGCUCUGACUUAAAGCUCCCCAAGUAAAACGAGAAAGUUUGCUUCUUAACCUGUGGCUAACGGUUUUGCUUAUCGGUUACCAAUUUGAUCUCCUGUGGCAAGUUAUUUAUGUUUGAUGCCCAUUGAGAUACAGUUGGAAGCUGUGCCAAUGUACGCAUGCUGUAACAGUGUAACUGAGCAAAACUGAGUUGGAGGAGCCAGCCAAUCUUGUAUUCCACAGGAAUCUCUGCUGCCCCUUAUAUUUGAGCCCGAAUUUCUGUUCACUGAUUACAGUGGAAACCAAUUCUCACGUACCAAAUCAACCAAUUGGGUUCUCUUAAAGAGAAGAAUUCUUAAUUUUCCCACAUGAUCCAUGUACAUGGAAAGGCAGCUAUGAAGUUACCUGCACCGGGGUAUAUCUAAAUAGCUAAAAGAAUCAAUCAUGAUGGUACACUGCCUGAACUUUAUACUUUCCAUGAAUUUUAUACUUUCGCUGUCAGAUUUCUGUGCUGGAUCUUUCUCACGUGGCUAUACCAAUCUGUGAUCUGCUAGUUUAGGUUGGCCGUACUUACACAAGAUACAAAAAGAUGUAUUGAGGUGAGGUUGGUUGGUGAACCUGCCCUAGAUUGUACAUGAUACAAGAACAUGUAUGCUGUUUUGAAGUUAUCUGAACCAAGGAACCAUCAAUGCGGAUGAGAAGCUAAACCUCCCAUUGUGGUUUUCAAGACUGCACAUUGCCUCAGCCUCACGAGGGCUCUCAUCCUAUUUCUGUAACUCUCUCUAUAGUCCUCUGCAGUCCUCCAGUGCUAUUCUCCAGUUGCAUCCCCUUUGAUAGUCAUUCUAUCAUUGUUGAACAUGCCUGCUGUUGCCUGGGCCUUAAGCUCCUCCCCUCUUUUUUGUCUCCUCCCUCACUACCUUUAAGACACUCCUUAAAGGCUACCUCUUUGACCAUAACUGCAGUCAACUGUCCUACUGCCUCCUUAUGUGACUCAAUGUCAAAUUUUGUUUAGAUAACACUUCCCGUGAAUUGGCUUUGGAAGUUUUAUUGUUUCGGCAAAGGUGCUAUACAAAUGUGGGUUGUUGUGUUGAAGUGGAAAUAUUGUUCCCAUCUUUGUCCUACUUUUCCUGGCUUAUCAGGAACUGUGAAUGCCUGCCUUUAAGUAGAACAUGCAUUGUGUAAAGUGAAUAUUAAUGCGGUGCAAGACUGUGAAAUGUGGUGACAAUUCUGGCGUGCCUUAGUUUUGUUGACCUCUGUAAAUUGUCCUUGUUUCAUCUAAUAAUUCUAUUCGCAGAAGCCUUACUGGGCAUUUACUGGCUUCCAGCUCAUUUAUCUUCCCUUGUAGACAGAGUGGGGGUUGGUGGGCAGUGAAGAUAAUUGUGUUGGUCUAAUGGCCACCAGGAACAGUAAUACUUACCAGCUGGUAUAUCAUGAAUGUAUACGUUUCUGAAUCCCUAACUGCGAUAAGUAAGUACAGCACUUUGUGGUUGCCAUUAAUGAACUUGCACUGGGGUUGAACCAAUGUGAUGUUAGUUAGGCCAAAGUUACAGUGCUGUGUCAGUUCUAGUCACCACACUGUACAAAGGGUGUGACUGCAUUAGAGAGGGCGCAGAGGAGAUUCACCAGGGUAGACUAGAGGUUCUCACCCAUAAAGAUCUGGAGACAAAUGGAGUUGUUUUCCUUCGAGCAGAGAAGGCUGAGGGAUGGGGAUCUGAUUGAGAGCUACAAAGUUCAAAGGGCACAGAUGGGGUACAGGGGGAGAAACUUUCCCUCCUAGUAGAGCGUCUACAACCAAGGGACAUGAGGUUUUAAGGUAAGGAGCAGGAGAUUUAAAGGGGAUUUGAGGAAAGUUUUCUCAUCCAGCGGGUUGUGGUUACCUGGAACUCAUUGCCUGAAAAGGUGGUAGAGGCUUGAACCCUCAAGGCGCUAAAGAAUUAUUUAGAUGAGCACUUGAAAUGCCAGAGCAUACAAGGCUAUGAGCCAAGUGUUGGGAAUUGUGAUUAGAGUAAAUGGAUGCUUGAUGACCAGCAUAAAACACAGUGGGCUGAAUAUUCAUAAGAACAUAAGAAAUAGGAAAAGGAUUCGGCCAUUUGGGUCAUCUGUCUUUUCUUGUGCUAUAAAAACUCUAGGAUUCUGUGACUCUCCAUCCAAUCAAAACGUAGUUUGGGAAAAGAGUUGCCUCACGGUGGCCAAUGGAAAUAUGUUAUGUGCGCUAACCUCAAGAGUUGCUCCAAUCAUUACUCCCAAACAUUGAGUUGAAUAGAUGUUGAGAAGCUCGAAGUGAGUGUAGUGAAUUAAGACAUAUCCUUAAGUUAGUUGUAAGCCCUGGACUCAAUGAUCCUUUAGAUGAAAGUGAGGAUUGCUGAUGCUGGAGAUUAGAGUCGAGAGUGUGGUGCUGGAAAAGCACAACAGAUCAGGCAGCAUCCAAGGAGCAUGGGGAGCAUUCCUGAUGAAGGGCUUUUGCCCGAAACAUUGAUUCUCCUGUUCCUCAGAUGCUGCCUGACUUGCUGUGCUUUUCCAGCAACACACUAUCGACUGAAUGAUCCAUUGAUCUACAUAUUUCUCUCAACACCAUUAGGGUUCUUUGUCAAAUAAGCUGUUUUCCCUGGAGCACCGGAGGCUGAGUCAUGACCUUAUAGAGGUUAAUAAAAUCAUGAUAAGGUAAAUAAAUAAGGUCUUUUCCCUGGGAUGGGAGAGACCAGAACUCAAGGGCAUAGGUUUAAGGUGAGAGGGGAAAGAUUAAAAAGGGACCUAAGGGGCAAAAGUUUCAUGCAGAGGGUGGUGUGUGUAUGGAAUGAGCUGCCAGAGGAAGUGGUGGAGGCUGAUACAAUUACAGCAUUCAAAAGGCUACUGGAUGGGUAUGAAUAGGAAGGGUUCAGAGGGAAAAGGGCCAAGUGCUAGCAAAUGGGAGUAGAUUAGUUUAGGAUAUCUGGUCGGCAUGGAUGGUCUAUUUCCAUGCUGUACAUCUCUAUGACUCUAUGACUGUAAGUCAGGCCCCUGUUCAUUUGUGAGGCUAAAGGAUGAAUGCUGAGGGAAUUGGCAAUGUCAUGAUACUCCUUAAAAUUUGGCAGUUGAUGGGACGCCGAGACAAAGUAGUUUGUACUUUAUCUUGGGCUCUGGCCCAGUGCUUGUGUGCAGACACUGGUUUGAAAUGUUGAUGAGGCUUGCUGUCACCUAGUUUGAAUUUGAGAAGCUGAGGUUGUUCUCCUUAGAGCAGAGAAAGUCAAGGUGAAAUUUGAUCAAGGCGAUCAAAAUCAUGAGGGAGCCCUGGAUGGAGUAGACAUAGAGAAACGAUUCCCAUUGGCCUAAGGGUCAUGAACCAGAGGAGACCAUUUGAAGAUGUGUGGUGGGAGAACAAUAGUGACAGAAGAAGGACGUUCUUUUAACUCAGCAAGUGGUUAAGAUUCAGAAUGCACUUCCUGAGAAGGUGGUGGAGAUGGGUUCAUUAGGAGCUUUUGAAAGGAGUUUGGACACAUAGAUGAAGAAAAAGAAAUUGUAGCAUUGUGAAGAAAGGAAAAUGUGGGGUAGCUGGAUUGUGCAAGCAGAGACCCAGCAAGGAUAGAAUGGCCUCUUUUUGUGUUUCGGUCAUUCGAUGAUUCUACAAAAAGAACACCUUUGCCAUCUUAAUCUGUGAAUGCACAAUAUAAUUUGAUACUGAAGCUUUAUGGGUCAGGAAGCCCCUAAGUGUGACUCCUGACCUGUGCCAAGUCCUUCCAAGAGAGAUUAUGAUUGGUGCUAACAAUCUCAACCUUGGCAUGGGAAAAUUCAACCGUGAUGAUGCAGUUCUGAAUUGUUUGCUGAAUGAUCUAGAUUGUUUUAUAGGGUGACUACUCCAAUGCCUUACUGACUAAUCUCUCACCUUGCACACACCAUAUAUUAGUACUUAAUCCAUAAUCCUACUGACGGUAUUCUCAUUCACUUCAAAUUCUGUUCUCCUAUCACUCCUUUGCUUGCUAACCUACCUUGGUUCCCAGGGCAAAAACACCUAAAAUUCAACACUUUGCAUUCAUAAUAAUUCUUAUUGCUGUUUCUGUAAUGCCACCAACACUGCAACCCAUCAAACACUUAACGUUCUUUGAAUUCUGGCGCAUCCCUAUUUCCUUCCUGAUUGGUCAUCAUGCCUCCAGCUGUCUAGGCCCUGAACUCCUGAAUUCCCUCCCUAAACCUGUCCACCGCUCUUUUAAGGUGCUCUUAAGACCUACUUCUUCGACCAACCUUUGGGGCACCCGCCUGAAGAUCUCCUCACAUUGUGUGCUAUCCCACGAAGUGCCUUGCAAGGUUUUCUGAGGAGAAAGGCAUUAUAUAAAUGCAAGUUGUUGUCACAUGGAUGCAGAGGUACUGCCCAUGGGGAAAAGGGGGGCAAGCAUGGGGAAUUGAAUGGAACAAAUGCAGGCAGUGUCAUCUGAAACAAAUGCCCCUUGUAGCUCUCCAGCCGAGUUUAUCUACAAGAACAAAUGCAGCAUCUGUUCAUGUUGGAAUGGGGCAACCAUCAGUCAGCAAGAACAUUCCCAACAGAUGCGUAACUUAUAAGCCCCACCUCAUGCUCUCGUUCAUCAGGACCCAGACCUAGAAAUCUGGAUGAACAACAUGGGCGGCACGGUGGCACAGUGGUUAGCACUGCUGUCUCACAGCGUUUGAGACCCGGGUUCAAUUCCCGACUCAGGCGAGUGACUGUGUGGAGUUUGCACGUUCUCCCCGUGUCUGCGUGGGUUUCCUCUGGGUGCUCCGGUUUCCUCCCACAGUCCAAAGAUGUGCGGGUCAGGUGAAUUGGCCAUGCUAAAUUGCCUGUAGUGUUAGGUAAGGGGUAAAUGUAGGGGUAUGGGUGGGUUGCGCUUCGGCGGGUCGGUGUGGACUUGUUGGGCCGAAGGGCCUGUUUCCACACUGUAAGUAAUCUAAAAAAAAACAAUCUGCAAAAUAUAUCAGGAGAGAAUUGACAGAUGUAAUCACUUAGUGUAAAAAGUGAGGUCUGCAGAUGCUGGAGAUCAGAGCUGAAAAUGUGUUGCUGGUUAAAGCACAGCAGGUUAGGCAGCAUCCAAGGAACAGGAAAUUCAUCCUGAU